AUUUAAUGACAAAUAGUUUAUGACUAUGUUAUUUUAAAUUAGGGAGUCUUUGAAAAACAAUGAUAAUUUGUUAUAAAAACUUUUACCAAAUUAAAAUAAUUUGUGAUCCUAACAAGUUGUGGCUAGCAGUACACCAAAAAAGAAUGUCUCAUAUGAUCCAAAUUUGCCUCAGAUCAGUAAUAAGCAUUUCCCCUAAAAGAAAAAACAAUGAUAUCACAAAUGUGUGGGUUAGAACGAAGAGGCACAUCCAGAUCCACACGUACAAUCCUAUCACAAGAAGCAGAGACUUCAUUACCGGCACCGGAGAAAGAAGAAGAUGCUUCAUCAUCAAAGGAAAAGUUUGCUGGGGAUGAUGAUGAGGCUGCGUGGACGUUUCGCGUGUUUGUGUUGGGAUCAUUGUCGUGCAUCUUGUUAAUAAUUGCAAACAAAUAUUAUCUUGAAGAAACAACGGAGAGUGUGAUGUCAAUGGUGGUUGCAAUGGCUGUGGCGUACCCGGUUGGGGUCCUCAUGGCUAAGAAGAUGCCAAAGAGGAGGAUCUACGUAAGGGCGCUUGAUUUCGAGUUUGUGUUGAACCCUGGGCCUUUAAGCAUGAAGGAAUAUGUUUUGAUCACUACUUUAGGAAAUGUAGGUGCUGUCUAUGGUGGCUUGACCUCUCAUUCUAUCCCUCAUUCCUUGUCAUUCUAAUUGGUUUCUGCACAUAAAUAAAAAAACACCCUCCCUGUAUGAAUCAAAUCCAUCAAUUUUGGCUUCAUUGUGUAUAUGCUAUCCUUUUAUCUUUUUAAAACUAAAAAGAAAUUUAUGUUGACAAGAGAUAUGGGCUAAUAUUUUAUUGACAUUCCAAAAUUAAUAAAUAGCUAUGUUAAACAAGUGUAACUGAUUUUAAAUUCCUUAUACAACCUUUUUAACAUUAAAAAGUGUAAACCCAUUAACAAAAAACUGGAUAGAAUAUUGUACGAGCUCAUUCAUUGCCUAUUGAUUCUUUGGAUGUUUUAAGCUAUUCUGUUCACAGGGGGAUAUUUUUCCAGAAAAUGUGUUCUUACAAUAUUGCAUUUGUAACUUCAUAAAAUUGCAUUGCAUUCGUCAAGUUCCACCACGGCAGGGUAGCAGGGAUUGUAAUUCUUCAAAAACUUUCCAUUUGUCACUUAACAAAGUAACUUAAUAUAUUUCAAUUUAUG